CUGUUUCUUUCUGUGUUUUUUAACUUUGUUUGAUGAAGUUUAUGAUUAUUCUUUUAAAUUAUGUCUACUGUGGUCAAUUUAGGUAUUCAUAUUAAAGAAUAUUUUUAUAGAAUGUGUAUUUGGGUAUAGGGAUACUGCCUUAAUCUUUCAUAUCAUUUGUACCUUUGCAAUGACACCUAGGCAUGUGAACUUAUACUAGCUCUGUGCUUGAUAUAAACACAGAAGACUGGGACAGAGAACAACAUGUGCAAGUGAAGUUGGACCUGAGGGUUGGAUGUGACUUAGGUGGAAUAAGUACUGAUGGACUUGGGGAAUAGGUUGGUAUGUAGGAUGUAUGUCCUGGUCCAAGCCUGAAGCUUUGAGGGUAGAUUUGUGUGUUACAGAGGGUUCAUGGAGGGGAUGACCAUCAGAUAGACUUACCUGGCCAGACCAUAUUAAGGUAUCAAUGACAUGGCUGGAUGGGGAGUCUGGAUGUGGCAUGUGAGGGGAGUCUGUAAUUUUUGGGAAUGCAACAGAGUCCUCUUCUAUGUCUGGAUGCUGAGGUUGGCACAGACUAAUUCAGGGCAUUGGAUGUAGGACCACAAUUAGAUAUAGGUAUUGGUAUGGUUUUAUGGAGAGGAACUUAGACCUGGCACAAAGUUGCUAGCUGUGGAAUUUUUUAAUAUUUUUAAUAUUUUAGUAGAAUAUAAUUUUGGGGUAUUGGCAUGAAUUUUUAAAAAAAUCUUCAUUUUUUUUUUCUAAAUUACAUUUACUUACCUGCUUUCUCUCACUGUGUGUUUGUAUUUGUGAGUGUAUGCAUGCACUUAUGGAAGCACAAGUGCAUGUGAAUGCAGAUGUAUGUGAGGGUCAGGGGACAGCUUAUGGAAACUGAUUCUCUUCUUUUACCAUGUGGGGUCCUGGGGAUCAAGUUCAGGCCACCAGUCUUGUCAAUUAACUCGUAUAUCUGCUGAACCAUCUCUCUGUUCCUCAAUUAAUCUAUUAAAUUAUGUUUAUAGAAAUAGAUUUACUGACAGAAGAAUAAGAUCAGUAACAACAAUAACAGCACUACUGAUUAUAUUCCUAUACAUAAAAUAUUAAUAAGAGUCAUUAAUAAUCCUAAAUAUUAUCAGAAAAAAACAACCCGAUUUUGCAUAUAACCUGGAUAUCUUACUAAAGCUUCUUUCAUCUUUGUACAUUUUUAAUGUUGCAUUGAUUCAUUUUUUUUAUUUUUAAAAGAAACAGAAUUACUAAGAGAAGUAAUGUUUCUGCAUCCUUUGCUACAGUCGACUUGAGGACAGAUUUACACCUGCCCUCUCGGACAACCCAACUAAUGCUUUGUUUAUAUUAUGUACUAAGAACAUAAAGGGACCUCAAGAUGGCUUACUUAAUUUAAAGUUAAGUAUCUAUUUUGAUACAUAUUACAGUGGUGAUGACAACACACGUAAGAGGAAUCAAGACUCAAGAACACAAGUGUGGCAGGAUUGAUGGCUUAGUGAUUAAGAACAUAGCCUCUUCUUCCAGAAGACCCAUUGAUUCUCAGCUUCUACAUGAUGGCUAGCAAUUAUCUGUAUCUUAAUUUCCAAAGGAAAUGGUCCAAUUCCCUCUUCUGGCCUUUUUGAGUAGUGCACUUGUGUUGUUCACAUACGUGCAUGCAGGUAGCACACAUGCACACAACACACAGAAAACAUACAUACACAAAAUAAAAGUAAAAGAAUUUUUUAAAUAAAACUUCUUUUUAGAAAGUAUUGUGCAACAGUGGCAUCUCUAUCUCUUAGACUAGACUGAUCCAUGCUUUGUGUAUCCUUCUCCAUUGUAGGCAAAGAAUAUACAUAAAGAACAUAUUUCUAGGCAUGGUAUUACAGGGCUAUUACUCCACCAUUCAGGAGUACCAGCCAGGAGCAUCUGCAAAUUGAGGUUGUCCUUGGCUACCUAGCAAGGCUAUUUCAAGAAAAGAACAACAAGAGAAUAACCAUGGUGUAAGAAAUACAUUUGAGACUCAGUGUGCAUAAUUAGUUAAUGUUGUUUUCCUGUUGGUGCUUUGUGACAUGUCAAUAAUAUAAACAUUAAUCAUUUUCUAUUUUUCCAUAUGGGGAUCCUAUAGAUGGUUGAAUAUCUAUGCUUCUAAUCACAAAAUAGGUUUAAUCAAUAUAGUCUUAUAAUCAACGAUAAGCUAAGUCUUAGGAACUUGUGCCCCAGUUUUUCUUCACUGCAGGCCAGGUAUAUUGAGAAUUUUAGUUAGAAUUGUUUUUAGGUGUUUGAAACUGCCUUUUUUGCUGUAGUCUGUUAUCAUCUUAACACUAACUUGUUCACGUUUAUUUGAAUGAUGCCAGACAUUCAUUUAUUGAGCAGUUACUAAGAUAUUGAUCUUGCUUUCCAAGAAUCAAAGACUGGCCAAGAAAAUAACAAAGGCCCACAAAACAAACAAGCAAAGAAACAAAUGAACAGAAAAGCAGCAGCAACAAAACCAUAGUAAAUUUAAUUAAGCCUUAUGAGGCCUUGCAAGAUGGCCUGGUGUGUAAAAGUCUUUCUUCAUAAGCACACUGACCUGAGUUUGAUCCUUAGAAUGCAUGGUGGACGGGAAGAACUGACUUUCCUGGAAAGUUUGUCCUCUGACCACAUAUACACUUUACUGUGUCUGACUCUCCACACCAUGUAUAAGUACACACAAUAUAAUAAUAAAUGAAUAAAUUAAAUGCUUUUCAAGUGUUAGGAGACCUAUGGAGAAUAUGACAUCGAGACAACUAAUGUAGUCCUCCCUUCUGGGAGUGUUAGGCCAGGUAGCCUUGCUGUUGAUUUUGUGCAUGAAGAGAUGUGCAGUGACAGUCUGAUUGGAAGAGAGAUUAAAAAAUGCCUAAAGAACAAUGUGCAGAUCAUUUGGGUGAUUGUGUGAUAAGGACAAGGAAAAAGCUACUGGCUAGCUGAAAAUACAGGGGAUUGACUUCCUUUAGGAAUAAAAUAGUACCAGGGGAGAGCACAAAAGAGCCUGAGACAACAUGUGGCCAUACUGCUAACAACCUUAGUUCUUCAGCAUGGGAUGACAACUGUGUUUUAUACAUGGUGGGAGGUAUUGAAAGUAAGCAAGCAUAGAGCUUGCUAGUUCUGGGUGUCUGUGGUUAGAAUCGUUAAGGCUAGGAAGUGUAGUCUUGAAGCUGAAACAGUGCUUCAGUCUCAACAAAUGGCCUUGUACCUGUAAAAACAGACAUUUGAAAUACCUUUAUGUUUUUAGACCAAGCAAAUUUUCCUCAGAAUAUUUUCAUUUGAAUUUGUGUUACAAUAACACAGUAGCAAUGCAAAACUACUAUGAGUUUACAAAUGCUCUUGUAUGUUACAGAUAUCUUUAAAAAUUCUACAAUAAGGAAUAUGUAUUUGAUUAGGAUUCAUGUUGGGAAUCUAUCAUAAGAGGUUGGUUGCCAAACUUUAGUGUGUCUAAGAAUCUCUAUCGAUGGUUUUGUAUUUCAUAGGGAUGAAGGAAAUGCUUUGAUUUUCACCUUAAAGCAAGGCCUGUGAAUACUUUACUUUUUUCAGAACAGUCUCUCCAAAAUGCUUCUAAUAAAUAAGUCCAAACAAUAAACAAGAUAUAAAUAGUUUAUAGUCUUAAUCUGUCCCCAGGUCUCUUUACAGUUCAUAACAUUGCAAGAUAUUAGAACUUAAUCAAAUUUAAACAACGAAAAAGCCUUUUUGUGGACGUUGGUAUUUUAGCUGGAAGUAUUGUCCUUACCCUUGGUCAUACCUGUCUACCUAAUUAUGUACUGAAGGAAUUAUACUAUGAUAUAUCUCUUCUUGUUCCUGUUACUAUCACUUUCUACUAUUCUAGGUACCAAGGUCAUUCAUCCCUGGACACUUCCUGCUGACUAAGAGGAAGCCAUGUACUAAGCAGAGCAUUGCAGUGUUAAGUGGCCAGUUCAUCUGAGCCACCUCUCCACCAUAAGUCAGGUGUAGUCUCCUAAAAUACUUUCAGCAAGUAUUGUGCUGGAUUUAUGUCCCACUCUGCCAGUUCAUGAGUAAGAAUAAGAUCAACUCCUGUUCUCACCAUCUGUAGUGGUUGAAUCAGGGAGCUCCCACCGACAUUCUGUGUUAGGGAUACUGAAAAAAACAAAAAAAACAAACCACUGCAAUCUCACUGAGAAUCUCUAUCACUAUGGCACACAGAGCUCUCCUUAUCUGCAUAUUGGAGCUUUCUACAGUAGUGAUACCCACUGAUACCUAAACAUAAAACUACAUAAGCAGUUGUUUCCUCUUUUGAACCUAACAUUUGUUCUAGUCUUCUAGAUGGGCAUUUCCAUCAGGUGGGAACAACUUUAAUAGUUUGAGUGAAUUCUAACAAAAUGAUUCAUAGAAUUAAGAGAAUAAAAAUUUUAUUUAUAUUUAUGCUAUGAUAUAUACUAGUUAGAUAUAACUCUUAUUUACAAAGAUGUCACAUUACAGUACAUUGCUCUAAAUGUUUUGGUCUUUAUGAUUUUUUUAAAAUUUUUUUUGAAUGAAAACAUAAGGAUCAAAUAGCUAAGGCACACUUUUGGAAUUCAUCUGAAUUAUUCUGUCACAGUAAUUAGCUUAAAAUGGAAAUGUAGUUGAUUUCCAAUGGUACUCUGAAAAUCCAUUUUCAUAUCCAUGAUGGUAGGGUUAUGACAGUUAUUUCUGUAUCAAUCCCCUUACCUGAGAUCAUCAGAGCUUCAACAAAUUGUCAAAUAAAACAAUGAAGGUUUAUUGGAAAUGCAUUAAUUGAACAGCAAGUAAGAUCUAAUCACAUAACUAUAGGGUAGAUGAGGAAAUAGACAGUGAAGACCCCAGAAAGUUGUCUGUUAGAGGUUGAUUAAUUGUUUCACAUUCCAGAGGAAAUAUUUUGUUCAGUUUGUAGAGUCUCCACAACUACAUACUACACCCUUUAUAUUUGAAAGAAAUAUUAAUUCUCUCCUAAAUCCACACUUCUUCUAGCUAAAUAAUCACAGCCUUUGUACACCAAUUCCUACGUUCACCUCUCUGAGCCUCAAAGAAUCUGCAUUGUGCUCUGAUCCUGGAGUGCAUCAUAAUCAUCUCUCUGCUGUACACUCCUGCGUGAGAUUUAAAGAGGGAUUAGUGAGCAUUUGCCUUCAAAACUGGAGGAUGGUAAUCACAGACUUCGUUAGUGGAUGAAGCAAGCCAUAAGACAAUAGGUCCUUGGUUGAAUUUGUGCUGGGAGCUUUUUUCCCCCAUAGUCUAGAUUGACCGCCCUUUUAUACUGCUUUCUUCAAGGUUACAUUUCUUGAACUAGUCUAUAAGUUGACAGCAUCAAAAACAGAAGAUGUCUUCUUGCUGCUACCUCCCAGUCCUGGAUAUUGAAAACAGUAGGCCUUAUAAUUUAUUAUGCAUUUUCAAAUAGCUUCCUUCAAGAACCAAAGAAAUAUUUCACCCCUUUUCUAUAUAAUUCUGGUCCUAAGAGAUUGUCCUUUAGCCAGGAAAUAUUGAUAUUUGCUAUUGUUUAGCCCCCAAAGGAGUGUUUCUUAUCUCUAUGACUGAAUUUUGGUUGGAAUGAGAGUUGACAGGAUUCAGAUUUAGUUAAGUAAAAUGUGUCAGUGUUGGUUAAAUGUUAGAGUGAGAACAAAUGGCAUGUUAACCUAGGAGAGUUUGUGUGGAUUUUGUGAAAAGAAUCCAAUCCUGGAAUCAAGACCUUUGUGAUAUAGAUUUGCAGAUGAUAAAUGUUAAAUGCCUAAGACUCCUUGUGGAGGAAGGGAAUAAAUUUUCACAUAUUUUAUACAGCUUAUGUCACAAAGAGAGGCCGAAACAGAAAACCAUUCAAACAUUAAACAUUAAGGGAAGAAUGACAUCAGGUUUGGUACUCUGUGAUUAUAUUUUUCUUCUUUUUUUACCCUAUUGGAAAUCUUAAUUUUUCUUAUACUAUCCUUUGUUAUUUUUAUGUAUUCUUAUAAUAAAUAAAAUAAUAGCAUGAAUGAUAUUAUGUGAACUAAAAAUAGUAUAUACAUAUAUGUGCAUGAUGAAAAAUAGGAGAAAUGCAAAAAAUACACUGUUCAUGAUUGCUAUUAAUACAUGAGGAGGCUAUAGACUGUUUCAGUUUUUGUUCUUUUCUAUAUUUUCACAUAUUUCUUUAAGGAUUGUAUGCAUGUGAACUAGGAAUUUUCAGUCUUGGCAUAACUGAUGUUUGGAGCAGAGUAACUCUCUUGUAGGGGACAGUCCUAUGCACCAUGGCCUCUAGACCCUUGAUAUAAUUAACACUUGUUACCCCAAUGUUAUGACAAGCAAGAAUGUCUUUAAGCAUUGCCAAGUGUUAUCAGCAUGGAGGUUUAGGAUAAAUUUAGCUCCCACUAAAAAACACUUAAAUAAACUUGGUAAGAAAGAGAAUGGGGAGGAUGGGAAAGGGGAAUGUGGAGGCAGGAGCAGGUGCAGGGAGAGACAGAAGAGAAGCUUGAGGGCCAAGAGGAUGAAUGGAAAUCUGCAGCUGCCAGUGGUGUGGGUGGAAGUGAGUGGGGGUGAGGGUAGGGAGAGGCAGAAUCUAGGAAGUCCCAGAGACCUAGGAUAGAGGAGAAUCCCAAAAGUCUUAACCAUCCCUCUGCUGUACAGUCCAGCAUGGGUGGAUGGGUAACCUUAGGUGAUAUGCCUAAAGUGGGGUUAUGGAACCUAAAGAGGUCAAGCAGGAUGCAUAAUGGAAGAAUAAGGACACCAACCCAUCCACAAAACUUUCCAUCCAAAAUAAGUGUUGUCUAAAAGAAUUGCAGGGAUGGAGCAGAGACCAAAGAAAAAGCCAACCAAUAACCAGUCCAACUUGAAACCCAUCCCAUGGGCAAACACCAAUCUCUCAUACUAUUAAUGACACUUGGUUAUGCUUGUAGACAGGAACCUAGCAUAAUUGUCCUCUGAGAGGCUCUACCCAGCAGCAGUCUGAAAUGGAUGCAGAUACUCACAGCCAAGCAUUGGACUAAAGGAGUUGGGGGAAGGAUUGAAGGCCCUAAAAGUCAUGGGAAGCCCACAGGAGGACCAACAGAGUCAACUAACACUGGACCCCUGGAACUCUCAGAGAAUGAAUCACUUAUCAAAGAAUAUACAAAAGCUGGAUCAACAUCCCUGGGCCAUAAGCAACAGACAGGCAGUUCAGUCCUCAUGACUGCCCUUUCUGGCCUUAGUUGGAGAGAAUGCACCUAAUCUGGUAGAGACUUGAUGUGCCAGACCAGGGCAAUACCCAGGGAGGGGGCCUACCCACUCUGAGGAAAGAAAAAGGGGGUGGGGGAGGGACUGUGUGAUAGAGGUAUGGGAGGGGGAGCAGCAUUUGGGGUGUGAGUAAAUAAAUAAAUAAAUACAAACAAAAAUAUGCAUACACAUUAAACCUGUACUUCUUAUGUGCUGGUGCACAUGUGGUAAAUAUGUGUAUAUGUCUCUAUGGAGUAUCCAUGUUUGUACUGGUACAUGUCUGCAAGUGUGUACAAGCAUGUGGAGACUAGAGGGCAAUCUCAGGUGUUGUCCUUCAGGAGCUGUUCACAGGGUCUCAGACUGUCCUGGGAGUUGCUAAGUAGCCUAGGUGGGCUAGCUGGUGAGCCCAGGGGAUCCUUGUGACUCCUUCUUCCUACUUCUGUGAGUGCACAUGUGGCCUUUGGGAUCUGAGCUUGUCUCCUUCAUUGGGGGUUUCUGGAAUCCCUCUUGUUAUAAAUUACUGACAAGACAUCAAUUCUUUCCAUAUUAGAAAAACCAAAGACAAAAAUUUUCUUCUAUGUUCUGGCACACACUUAUUAUGUGUAUGUUUGAUAAUGAAAAAUUAGCAUCUUGUUAAUUAGUUUUAGGCACAAAACCUCUUUUCCUAUACUGUAAACUCUCUUUUGGACUUUUAAAACAAUGGAGGUCAGACAACAGUAGAGGUGCUCCCUGCCUGUAAUUUUUGGAAUUGUGACAUCCGAGUUCUGUUUUAGAGACUCACUACUUCAUUUCUGCAAUACCUCUGUGUAAUAAAGGGUUAAGUUAGCACAAAAGUGCUAAUCUUCCUUAGGCUUCAGGGAGGCAACCUCUAGACCCUUGGAAUAUUUUGUCUGAUAAGAGUAUCUUUGUGUACCUGAGACCUUGGGCCACUGCAGCUAGUUUAUGCUAACAAUGUGGGCUAUGGUAGAGGCCUUGAGUCACUCACUAUCUCUGACCACUGAAACAGUUGGAGACUGAGUAACUAAGGUCAGGCAUGUGAGUGUGUCACACCUACUGACUGACUUCUAAUGAAAGCUAAGGACUGACUGAAAGCUGAGAGAGCUUUCCUGCUUGUCCCUCGUGAGUAGCUAGUGACUUUAGAGGCCAGGGGAAUAAUGGGGCCCAAGGACAUGAGUAGAGACAAGAUUUCCUGCAUACAGAGGAUUCAGUCUGCCUCAGGAGAUUCCUGGACAGAAUCUCCUACCCUUGGAUUCCCACCUGUGGCUACAUUUGACAGGGUGUCUUUUGCAAGUCACUAUGAACAAGACCGUAGUGCACUUAAAAAAAGGGAAUGGGAACGAAGGAAUCAAGAAGUUCAGCAAGAAGAAGAUCUCUUUUCUUCAGGCUUUGAUCUUUUUGGGGAGCCCUACAAGGUAGCUGAAUAUACAAACAAAGGGGAUGCCCUUGCCAACCGAGUCCAGAACACUCUUGGAAGUUAUGAUGAAAUGAAGGAUCUGCUAUCUAACCAUUCCAGUCAGAAUCAUCUGGUGGGCAUUCCAAAGAAUUCUGCACCCCAAACUCCCAUCAGCAAAAGUGAAGCAAGCUUUUAUCCAGAACAAAAAAAUCGAAUGAUCCCAUCUCACCAGGAGACUACCCACUCCUCAACACCGAUGCCUCCACCUUCAGUCGUGAUACUGAAUUCCACUCUAAUACACAGCAACAGAAAAUCAAAAUCUGAGUGGCCACGAGAUAGUCAUAACACUAGCCCUGCACAAGCAAGCCAGACCAGCAGUCAACCAAACAAGAUGCAGACAUCCACACAAGACCCACCUCAAACCAGACUGGAAGACUUCUUUGUCUACCCUGCUGAGCAACCCCAAAUUGGUACAGUUGAAAAAUCUAACCCAUCUUCAAAGGAAGAAAAUAACCCUAAUUCAGGUGGAGAAGAUACUUUCAAAGAAAUUUUUCAGUCUAAUUCACCAGAAGAAUCUGAAUUUACAGUGCAAGCACCUGGGUCUCCCCUAGUUGCCUCAUCUUUAUUAGCUCCCAGCAGUGGCCUUUCAGUUCCAACAUUCCCACCAGGGCUUUACUGCAAAACAAGCAUGGGACAACAAAAACCAACUGCAUAUGUAAGGCCCAUGGAUGGGCAGGACCAGGCAACUGACAUCUCUCCAACACUGAAGCCUUCCAUUGAAUUUGAGAACAGUUUUGGAAACCUCUCCUUUGGAUCACUAUUGGAUGGGAAACCCAGUGCAGUCAGUUCAAAGACUAAACUGCCAAAGUUCACAAUCCUGCAAACAAGUGAAGUAAGCCUUACCAGUGAUCCAAGCUGUGUUGAAGAAAUCUUGCGGGAAUCUCAGCAUCUGACUCCAGGAUUUACCUUACAAAAGUGGAGCGACCCAAGCAGCAGAGCUUCCACAAAGUCAGUACCACUCAAGUCGAUGCUUGAGGAUGACUUGAAGCUGAGCAGUGAUGAAGAUGACCUUGAGCCUGUGAAGACCUUGACCACACAGUGCACAGCCAACGAGCUUUACCAGGCUGUUGAAAAGGCAAAACCUAAGAAUAAUCCUGUGAACCCACUCUUGGCCACACCACAGUCUACGCCUGCAACACAAACCAAUGUGGGGUCUGGCAGCUCCAGUGAGUCAGAGAGUAGCUCAGAAUCGGACUCAGACACUGAAAGCAGCACCACUGACAGCGAAUCCAAUGAGGCUCCUAGAGUGGCUACUCCAGAGCCUGAGCCACCCUCAACCAACAAAUGGCAGCUAGACAAAUGGCUGAACAAAGUCACGUCCCAGAACAAGUCAUUUAUUUGUGGCCAAAAUGAGACACCCACAGAGACCAUUUCUCUGCCUCCUCCAAUAAUACAACCGGUGGAGGUCCAGGUCAAAGUGAAACCAAACCCUAGCCAGGCUGUGGCUGUACCCAAAGAAAGGCCUCUCCUUAGUCUUAUUAGGGAAAAAGCUCGACCAAGGCCCACACAGAAAACUCCAGAAACAAAGGCCUUGAAGCAUAAGCUGUCAACAUCAGUUGACACAGUUUCUCAAAGGACAAUUGGAAAGAAACAGCCCAAAAAAGUUGAGAAAAACACCAGCUUUGAGGAGUUUACCUGGCCCAAACCAAAUAUUACCAACAGCACUCCCAAAGAAAAAGGAAGUGUAGAGCUUCCUGACCCACCACGAAGCCGAAACAAAGCUACUGCCCACAAACCAGUGCCUAGGAAAGAGCCAAGGCCUCAUGUCCCUCUGGCCACUGAGAAGAAGAAGUAUAGAGGGCCUGGGAAGAUUGUCCCCAAGUCCCGGGAAUUUAUUGAAACAGAUUCAUCUACAUCUGACUCCAACACAGACCAGGAAGAGACCCUACAGAUCAAAGUACUGCCACCUUGCAUUACUUCUAAAUCCAAGGAAACUUCUAAUGCCAGCCUGACACUUAGCACCUUGACCAAUGGCAACAGCAACAACUUAUCCACCAGCAAUGAGGAGACAGCUUUUUCCCCGCCUCCUGCCAUGCAAACUGAGCUUUUGUCCCCUCUACGGGAUCAUGAAAAUCCAAAAAACCUCUGGGUGAAGAUUGACCUCGACUUACUUUCUAGAGUACCUGGCCAAAAUUCAGUCCCAGUAACACCUGCAAAGACAGACUACAAGGAGACUGCCUCUAAACCCAAGCGUCAAACUGCUGCCACAGCUGUGGAAAAACCAGCCCCUAAGGGCAAACGUAAGCACAAGCCAGCAGAAACUGCAGAGAAAAUCCCUGAGAAGAAGCAGCGCCUGGAGGACAACACUACUAUCUGCCUGCUUCCCCCUUGCAUCUCACCAGCCCCGCCCCACAAGCCUCCCAGCACUAGAGAAAAUUCAUCCAGGAGAGCAAACAGGAAAAAAGAAGAAAAGCUGUUCCCUCCUGCACUUUCCCCACUGGCAGAGGAUCCUCCACGUCGCAGAAAUGUCAGUGGCAACAAUGGGCAUUUCGGUCAGGACAAAAACAUUUCCAUGGCUGGACAAAUCACCUCUAGCAAACCUAAAAGAAGUGAAGGCAAAUUCUGUGCUACUUUCAAGGGGAUAUCUAUAAAUGAGGGAGAUGCUCCAAAAAAGGCUGCCUCUGCCACCGUUACUGUCGCCAAUAUGGCUCUUGCCACUGCUACUGCCACUGCCACUGUUCCUGCCAUUGUCACUGCCACUGUCACAGCUACUGCCACCACCACUGCUACAGCCACUACCACAACCACUACCACUACUAUUUCUAGCAUCACCCCUACAAUCACUUCUGGCCUUAUGGAUAGCAGUCACCUGGAGAUGACAUCCUGGGCAGCCCUGCCCCUUCUGUCCAGCAGUAGUGCCAAUGUCCGGAGACCCAAGCUCACAUUUGAUGACUCUGUUCACAAUGCUGAUUUUUACAUGCAAGAGGCUAAGAAGCUGAAACACAAAGCUGAUGCACUGUUUGAGAAAUUUGGCAAAGCUGUGAAUUAUGCAGAUGCAGCCUUGUCCUUCACUGAAUGUGGCAAUGCCAUGGAACGUGAUCCUCUGGAAGCGAAGUCCCCAUAUACCAUGUAUUCUGAGACUGUGGAGCUCCUCAGGUAUGCAAUGAGACUGAAGAACUUUGCAAGCCCCUUGGCUUCUGAUGGGGAUAAAAAGCUAGCCGUAUUAUGCUACCGAUGCUUGUCACUUCUCUAUUUGAGGAUGUUUAAACUGAAGAAGGACCAUGCUAUGAAGUACUCCAGAUCACUGAUGGAAUAUUUUAAGCAAAAUGCUUCAAAAGUUACUCAGAUACCAUCUCCUUGGGUAGGCAAUGGAAAGAAUACUCCAUCCCCAGUGUCUCUCAACAAUGUCUCUCCCAUCAACUCAGUGGGGAAUUGUAACAAUGGCCCUGUCACAAUUCCCCAGCGCAUCCACCAUAUGGCUGCUAGCCAUGUGAAUAUUACCAGUAAUGUGCUUCGGGGCUAUGAACACUGGGAUAUGGCUGACAAACUGACAAGAGACAAUAAAGAAUUCUUUGGUGAUCUGGAUACACUGAUGGGGCCUCUGACCCAGCACAGCAGCAUGACCAAUCUUGUCCGCUAUGUUCGCCAGGGACUGUGUUGGCUACGCAUCGAUGCUCAUUUGUUGUAGUGGGCACUCUGCCAUCUCUCGCAUCAGCACUCAUCCUUUACCAGUGCCUUAAUGGUCACUGGUGGAACUCCACUCAUUUGGGAAAGUUCUCUUUCAUUAUGUUUGUUUUUGUGCAUUUUUGAUAUCUGUGAAAAACUGAAGUCAUUGUAAGUGGACACUACAACUUGAGAGAAGUGUAUGUUUUAUUUUUUAAUAUUUGAUAUGCAUUUCUCAUAUCUCCUUAUUUUUGUGCUUUAUGGAAUGAAAAUCCCUACAAUAUUGAGUUAAGUCCACACGAUUCAAAACAAAGAAUGACAAGCACAUGUGAUGAUGACAGGUCCCUGAGAACUCAAAGAAUCAUCUAACAUGCAUCUGAACAAGGGACCUGCAGAGACCUCCGCAGUAGCCAUUCCCCAAACUAGACUCUUGGGUCCAGAAAAGAAUGUAUCUCAGAAUCCAUGGUUAAAUAAUUUUGGGGUUUCCACAGACUAAAUCUUGAGGUGAGAACCUCCAUUGUCAAACCCACAGAUUUGAUGUUCUAACCACACAAUAAACUCAAGGGUAGCAAGCAAAACACAAGCUUAAGUAUUCUACUCUUGAGAUGACACACUACAAGACUCUUUUGUUAACAUCCUGUUCCUGUUACCUAUACUUUUCUAAUAUUUUAAUGGUGAGGAGGAGGAGAAAUGAUAACUUUAUGACAUCAUCUUGUAUAAACAGUUUAAAACUUAAUUCCUCACCUGAGAUUGUCUUUGCACAAAAGUCUCCUUUACAAGAUGCACAACUUCAUCAUCAAAAUUUCACACUUAUCUUAGACUUGAGAAAUCAGACUGGACUGAAAGCUGUCCUCCCAGAAAUCCAUGCCUUGGCAAAUCCACAACUUCCUAUAUUUUGAUAGAUAUGCAUAUAAAAUCUGUGGAAUCAAAAGUCAAGUUACUACUUCUUAAAAUUAACAAUGCACAAUUUAUUUCCUAGUGCCCUUGCUAUCUGGACUUUCCAAAUAUUAUCCACAUUUUCUUCUAUUUUUUAGAUAUUUUUCUUUCAACUUUCCUUUAUUAUCUCAUUCAAAAGAUCUUGGCUAAAAUACAGUCAUUUUUUGUUAAAGUUUAUAUUAGUAUAAGUCAUUUACAUGAAGAUUCCAAAGAAAUCAUUAAACUCUGUAAGUAAUACCUUAAUUUUCUUUUUAUAAAGUGAAAAUCGUAGGUAGUGCUUCACCUUAGGAUCCUUGGAAAGAUUCUUGAUGUUUGGGAACAGUUCACCUAAUUUGCAGCAUUUCCUUAUGCGUUAUGACUAUCUCUCCUUAUGAUCCUCUACAUUCAUCUUAUGUCCCUAAAAUUCACCCUGUAAAUAUCAUCUUCAGUGUUCCAGCUCACCAGAAAAAAAAAUCUCCAGCUAUAGUAAACACUAUGCAUUCAUUAGUUACUUGUAAUUGCCUGCUGGCAUAUAAUUCUGUAUAACCUUUAAUCUGCUGAGUUAUUGAAUUCUAUUCACUGAGUUAUGACCAGAUAAAUAAUAGAUAUAUACAUGAAAAUUGCAAACUUGUAUGAUUUCUAAAGCAAGUCAUGCAGGUCUAUGAUAAGAACUUCAGGCAAUCACUCUGUAUUCUCAUUGUAAAAGUUAGGUACUUCCCUAAUUACAAAAGAGCCAGAUUUGAGUUCUGCUCUUAUCAUAUUUGAGUUUAAGGCCCUUCGUGGUAUAAUAAAGUUAUGAAAGUUGCAUUCCAAUGGCUAAAGCCAUGCUGUUUCUACGGCUGAUGGGUGUACUGCAGCAGCUGAAGCCUACACUUUUUAUGCUCCCAAUAUGGUUGAGCUUUAAGCCUACAGUUUCAGCAACAACACUUACAUAUGCACACACACACACAUACACGAAAUCGAAAUUUUUUCUAUGCCUCUUAAAUGAGGAAAAUGAAAAUAUGAAAGACAGAACCCCCUAAACGGGUGUUACAUGAAAAUAAAAUGAGCUGAUGACUUUGCAGUAACUCAAGUUCUCUGUUUUCCAUGGCCUACCAGGAAGCUUUCCUGGCUUAAUAAUAAUGAUUCCUACCAGCUUGACUUGUAAAUUAAACUUACUCCACAAUCCUAAGGCUUCAUGGAUUUACACACUGAUUCUUUUGAGGUUAAGUCUCCAGGAAAUAGAAAUUAGAGUGGUGGGAUCAGUUGUCCAUAGAAACAAGCAUAUUGUCACAUAGAUGAAAGACUUGUUACUCUAGUUUCAGUAACUCAUCUUUUCUUCGUGUACAUUACAAGGAGGCAAGAGAAUGCUCUAUCAUCUGUGGUGGCUGAGUCUCAAGUGCCAUGUCAGCAGUAUGAUAAUCAAAUUUGAUAGUAGAACUCUGGAUUAUCACCUGAUUAUUUAGUAGACCUGCUUGCAACAUAGCUUAGAAAGAAGUUAAACAUGGAGGAUGAAUUACCUUCACAUCCCUGGAGAUGAGGUGUCUUUGGUCUCCUGAUUAAGAUUUGGUACUGUUUUCUAAGCACUCUAGUCAUCAUGCUACAGAUGGUGAUGUGCAUUAUAGGUGUUCAGCUAUCUGCAGGAUUGAAAGAUUGAAGAUAUUGUCAAGGGAAUCUUUUCAGAGUACAAGUUAAGUGGGAGGGAUAUGAGACAUAUGGAUGGCAGUAACAGAUUGUGCCUCUGGAUGUUGGUGGAGGCUUGGUGAGCCACAUCCUAGCAAGGCUACGGAGGUGUGGUGAUGGGCAGAGUAAUAGGCAGUCUUACCCCCAACCCCCAAACAAAUACAAGAAACAAUCACAGCCCUACAACAUGACCCAGGUAGGGCCAGCACUAUGCCUUCAUUUAUCACACAAGCUCCAACCACAGAGAGUCUGACAAGUUUGUGUUAUGAUGUUGGCUUGGCUUAGUAUCUUUAAUUAGCUUUGGAUUUUUUAGUGGUUUUGUCAUAUUACUGUCUGAGUUUUGUAGGUAGGAUUAAUUUGAAAAGAGUUUGAUAGUGUGGUCCUUGGGGUAGAAUUUACCUGUAAGCAUGCUGUUAGCCAGCCUAUAGAGUGUUAAUUACUUAAUAAUCUCAUUGAGAAAAACUAGUAGUUUUAUAUUCAGGUGACAUAAUUGGCGAAAGCAGACUAGCUUCUGUGACUUUUUGAAGACAAGGUUGAGGUGUCUUUCUUUCUUUCUUUUUUUUUUUUCUUUCAUGUAGUGAAAUGAAAAGAUCCAAAUCUUCAGUCAAAGGUAGCAAAAUUAGAUGCCAUUGCCUAAAAUGUGUUUUGCUGAGUUUCCAAAUGGAUGGAUGGUUAAAGGCAUUGGAAUUUGUCUGCAUUGGAAAGAUGAUAGUUUAGUUCUACUGUACCUGAAGCUAUCAAAAUUGGAUUUUGUUUUAUUCAAAGUUGGAUCCCGGAGGUUGAAGUUAGAGUUUGAAUUUGAAAUCACGUUGAAGGCAGACUCGAUUAAGCGGUGAGGGUGAAGCCCUUACUUCCUUCUCAACAGACAGACUACAGAUCACCUGCAUGAGUCAGCAGGUGGGAGAACCGAACUGGAUCCCUGGGUAGGAGUACUCAGUAAAGCAACACACUGCUUGCUUAGAGAAGCAUCACCAUCCCCAUUGAGAAAAAUGGGUCAUUCAGUGCCCCCGAAUUCAACUCUGUGGGGAAAAAUAUUGAGCCAGUUGUCAGUGUUGUGUUCCAACUGGCAGACUUGAUUCUUUGUCAUCGUUGUACUUGUUGUUGCUGUUGUUGUUGUUUCGCAUUUCCACUCGCACAGCCUUAUUGUCAUAAUUAAACUCUGAUUCAUUUUCUCUUUGGUGUUAGCAAACUCCAAUGACAGAAAUGGCAUCUGUGUAUUGAUAAUCAGCAUUUACCCUGGCAGGGGACUAAUCAGAUAGGCUGGUCUCAGACAUUAAUGCUACUAUCUGAUAUUUCCAGCAAAAGAGAAAGUGAUAGUUCCCUUUCCAUUCCCCUCCUCAUGAAUCUAGAAGCCCUCUGUACCAAGAGCAUCACAUUUUUCUCUGUAAUCUUUUAACAAAAAGAAAAUUGCAUUGUGGGGAGGGCAGAGGGGGGUGUGGGUGGGGGGUGGAGGGUGGGGAAGCCCUUGGAGGCCAGACUGCAGUUCAUGCCCCAUCCUGCUUCUGACAUAAACUGUUAAGAAUCAUUCCUAGUGCUCACACCGGGUUAGGGGACGCUGAACUGCUUUUCAGAUCCAUGGUCAAUCAUUCCUCUGAGAUUGGAGCUUUGCUGUUUCAUUAACUGUGCAGUGUAGACUAUCGGUGUUUAAUAAAAAUCAUUUAAAAUUGCAAA